GAUCAGAUCGAUCUGACGGAGACGACCGAGCAGGAGGAGUGGAAAACGCGGGACGAGGAGGUGCAGGACCAGUCACCUCGGAGCAAGGCUCCGAUCGCCUUGAAGGAGCUACUGCAGGACGAGAACGCCAACGCGACGACCAACCAGCUGGUGGAAUCUGCGCGGCCACCUCGGGGCGGACAUCAGCGACCAGUAGACGAGAUGACCGAGAAGGAGGAGCGGAAGAUCAGCAAGGCGCUCAAGGUGUUGGGCGAAACGGACCAGAUGAGGGAGGCCAUGGAGGACGCGAUUCCUGAGUGCACCGCCUUCCUAGGCCAGCUGGACGAGCAGGUUCACGACGACGACGAGAUGAUGGCGACUGGCGGGGGUCCCUUGCGCGAAACUACAGAGCGGAAGCAUGUGAUGGCCGUGGCAGGACAUCACUUACUGGCGAGAAGUGGGCAGAAGGAGGCUUGGAACAUGAUCAACAGUGCGAGUCCCUUACGCGUGAUCAUCAAGCCGCCCAAGGACAUCUACCACAAGAAGCUCAAGGAGAAGAUCGGCAGGGACGUGAUGACCUUCAUGUCGGACAUGGCGAUCCAGCAGGCGUCAGAGUACGGGAAGAUGCUGAGUCAGGAGUUCGUGCAGGGCUCUCUGCAGAACAAGCUGGGGGACGUGCCGAUACCCCUGCAGGAGCUGACGGGAGCUCUGGCACGAGCUAUCGCGAGGGCCAAGAUGAGCGAUCUGGCGACCGUCGAGACGAAGAUGGACGACGCAAAUUCCAGUUUACAGUGUGCGUCUUGUUGUACGGCGCCUGUCUCCAACAACAAGGACGAGAGGAGCGCGGAUCCGCGCGUCAAGCAGCAGGUCCAGAAGAUGCACGAGAACAUGGGUCAUUGCAGUAACGAGAAUGUUGUGAUGGUUUUGAAGCAUGGCAAGGCUCGCCAGGCCUUCAUCGAGGCCGCGCAGCAUCUGGUUUGUCCAAGCUGUGAGGCAAACAAGCGUCCCAGGCUGGCCAAACCGUCCAAGGCCCCCACGACCUACCAGUUCAACGGCGUCAUCGGCAUGGACAUCUUCUUCGUCCUAGGUCUUGGGAACACCACCAAGGUGCCGAUGCUCAACAUCGCGUGUCACGGAACGGGGCACCAAGUCGCGAUACCGGUACCGAGUAGGCAAGGGCAGCAGAUCAGGCGUCAGUAUCGGGCUUUCUGGAAGCGCGUGUACGGCACUCCGAGGGUCAUCGUGAUCGACGGCGAGAAGGGUUUCUCAACGGGCGUGUUUCCAGAUGCAGCCGGAGCCAUGAACGGAGACGCCGAGCUUGCCAGGAGCAUCGGCAUGCGCAAAGCAGCCAUGGCAGCGUACAUCCAGACCGAGCUGCCAAGCACGGUGUGGUGCUCGUACCAGGGCGGGCUACUGAAAUGCUCACCAGAACAGCUUCGACAUGCCAACGAGGGUGAGAUCUCCGCCUGGGAGCAGAUCGACCACACGAUGAAGGAGGAGGUGAGCACCGAGAACCGCGGCAGGCGCAAGUAUGAGGACCUGACCAAGCAGCCCGCGCCCUCGGAGGAGGAGGUUCAGGACGACGUACCUCCGACAGCACCCCCAGAGCCAGCAGGUGAUGAUCAACCAGCGGCUUUCCUGGGGCCGCCGACGGUGGAGAUCGAGCGGUCCUCUGACGUGAAGGCAGAUCCGAUCCCCAUGGGCCCGCAGUACUACGACCACCUCGACGACGUGCCGAUCACCACCAAAAAGGCUCUAGUCAACCCUGACGCUGCGGUACGAGUGGAGCAGCGCAUCGCGGCCAUCGAGGAGAAGAUUCAUAAGGGCCAGCAGGCUCCUCCCAAGAAGAAGAGGAGGGGAAAGGCUCAGGGCGCCACCAAUGCUCUGCUGACGAGCGCAGCUCAACGAGGACGCAAGGAGGUCGCGGAGAAGUCUCUCGUGAACACCUACAAGUACCAGCCGUGCAUACCAGCCAAGCGCAGGGAGUGGGGCAACAUACAGAAGGGCUCGGUCUUCCUCAUCCUGCAGACCCUGUGCACCAACAAGUGGGCGCUGCAGCUCGCGGACAUCACGCCGGCUUUUACGGCAGGGGGCCCACUGGACAGUUAUGUCAACGAGGUCUGGUUUCAGUGCUCCAUCUUUGACGGCUGCGUCUUCUACCUCAGGGACGACGAGGGCUUGCGCGGCGUCAUGGGGCUUACGGUGGACGACAUCGCGGGCGGUGGCGACCAGAAGUUCGAUGAGGCCUGCAGGAAGUUGCGUCAUAAGUUCCCCUUCGGUGCCUGGCGUCUCAAGAAGGGGAAGUACACGGGCAAGGAGCUCGACCAGAACGACGACAACACGGAGAUCACGAUAUCGCAAUGUCAGAGCUCCGCCAAUAUUCAAUUGAUCGACAUCGCCACAGAGAGGCACGGAGCCUGCGCGGCUCCAUUUCGUUCCUGGCGCGGGAGAGCCGCCCCGAUCCCGAAUCUCACCGUGGGCGACAUGCUGGAGGCAAAUCGCAUUGGCCGCAUGACCAAGGAGUUCUGCGACGUAGUGCUCAAGGUACGACACAUCCCUUUUCACGAGCUGGCCUUCGCCGCCUUCAAUGACGCUGCUUGGGCCAAUGCACGAGAUGGAGCUUCACAAGCAGGAUACAUCGCGUUCGCUACGCAGAGUAAGAUCCUGAAGGGCGAAGCGGCCAUCAUCUCCAUCCAAUCCUGGAAGAGCCGCAAGCUGAAGAGGAAAUGUGCUCACCAGUUUGGCGCGGAGGCGUUGGCCAUCUCUAAGGGCAUGGCUAUGGCGGAGCUCAUCAGGACCAUGCUGCUGGAGAUCGUCGGCCCCGAGUUCGAUCUGAUGCGCCCUUGCCUGCUCGCUGGCGGACUGGCGGAGGACAAGAGGGCAGCGAUCGACGUGGCCAUCGUGCGCUCAGCAAUGCAGCGACCUCAGGUUCACCUACGAUGGAUCGAGGGUGCCAGUCAGCUGACCGACCCACCCACCAAGCGCAAGGGUGAGAGUACGCUACUUCGACACGCUCUGGAGCUGGGUGAGUACGGCAUCACCGCGGACAGCAUCGUGCUACGACUGGACCUGUACGAGAUGGACUGCACGGGCACCCUCAAGCGCGACUACGAGGAGGACGACCUCAACUACGAGCCCGAGGCCGAUCGGUGGAUCCGAGAGGCACAGGAGGUCUACCAGGCCCAGACCAUCGAGAAGCCAUUGCACGUGCAUGGAGACUCAAG